AUGGGUGAGGACUCUGCCAACCAGACGUGGGUGGGUGAGUUCAUCCUCUUAGGGCUCUCCAGUGACUGGGACACUCAGGUCUUCCUCUUUGUCCUCAUCCUCGUCAUGUACUUCAUAACCGUUGUGGGGAAUUCCCUGAUUCUUCUCCUCAUCAGACUGGACAGCAGGCUUCAUACUCCCAUGUACUUCUUCCUCAGUGUUCUCUCCAUAGUGGACCUUUGCUAUGGGAAUAGCAUUGCCCCACAGAUGUUGGCUCACUUGGUUUCAACUGAAAAGCACAUCCCUUUCCGCAGCUGUGUGCUCCAGCUCUACGUCUCCUUGGCAUUGGGGGGUUCUGAGUUCUUCCUUCUAGGAGCUAUGUCCUAUGAUCGCUAUGUAGCAGUAUGCUACCCAUUGCACUACACCUUCAUCAUGGAUGGAGGACUGUGCCUGGGGCUGGCUGCCAGUUGCUUGAUGGCUGGUUUCUUGAAUUCACUGAUGGAGACAGUGAUCACCUUCCGCCUUCCUCUGUGUCACAACGUCAUUAAUCACUUCGCCUGUGAGACUCUUGCGGUGCUUCGGCUAGCCUGUGUAGACAUAUCUUUCAACAAGGCCAUGGUGGCCCUUUCAGGGUUCCUGGUGAUCAUGCUCCCCUGUUGCCUGGUACUGUUCUCUUAUACUCGCAUAGUCAUUGCCAUUAUGCACAUUCGCUCUACUCAGGGGCGUCACAAAGCCUUUGGCACUUGUGCCUCUCACCUCACUGUGGUUUGCAUGUGCUUUGGGGCCACAAUCUUCACCUACCUAGGGCCACGUUCUGCCUCCUCUGAGGACAAGGAGAAGAUGGUUGCUCUGUUUUACGCUGUGGUGGCACCCAUGUUGAACCCCGUGAUCUAUAGCUUGAGGAAUAAAGAAGUCACGGCUGCUCUUAGGAAACUUGUUGGAAAAUUAAGGUAA